UCAGAAUGUUGUAAACUUCUUACUUACAGACGUGCUGGCCUUAUUAAAGACAACUAAUAGGCAAGGAUUAGACUGACGACAGAUGACAGAUAGACCUUAUAUCAAUAACGUCUCAAAUAUAUAUAAAUAUUAUUUUCUUUAUUCAGUGUUUUUUUUGUUAUAAAGUAUUAGACUAUAUUAUGUUAAUUUAUUGUAAAAUUUUAGAUGUUUAUCGAUUUCUUUUAUUUUUAUCGACGUUUCAGACACUUUACAUGUUCCGUGUUCACAUAAGACUUAGGUGUUGAUUGUCUUUUUAAUUAUGAGUAUAGCUAUCUUCAAAUCAAUACUAUUUGGACACAUACACAAUUUAAAAAAUAUAUAUAUUUUCUGGCAACGAUCAUAUUUAUUAAAAUCAAUUAUUAAAUAAAAUACAUUUGACUUAUUUACUUACCCCUGGCUACCGUAAUCUACCACCAGUUCAGUAAAUUGCUCUCUUUUAUUUAAUACUAGCUUUCGCCAGCGGCUUCGCCCGCGUGGACCCUAGGGAAAUGUUUAGUGGAAUAAAAACUAUAUUUUAAUUAGAGUUUAAAAAUAUUUUUAUUUGUUUAUGUAUAUAGCUUAAGAUCUAUUCUGAAGUAAAUUAUUCUUAUUUUUUAUUGUUAUUUAUUUAUUACGCUUUAAAUAUUGUGUAAAAAACGUACUUAAUGCUUAUAGUGUUCUCUCCAAAUCAACCUUUGGGAAAAUGACAAACAAGAUGGCGGUAUAGUAGAAUAUAAGAACGUAACAAAAUUAAAACUUGUUCAUAGUAUAACAAUACAUAAUCCAAUAAUACAAAACAUAACCCAAUAUCAAUAAACUUACAUACAGAUACAUAUAUGCAGCAAACAUAAAUAGAAAUAUAUAAAUAGGUAUAAUGACGACACUCUUUACAAGCUUUGAAAAAAAAGAAAUAACUAUGUUUUAUUAAAAAUAAAAGUAUUUGUAGAGCUCUUGAUGGAGUCUCUUAUGUGGUAGAGUUAGACGUAACGUUUGUUUCAGUGACUAUAGGAGCAGCAACGUAGCACCGAGCGAUUCGGACUGCAGCGCGAUGGGCCCACGGCUCGCCGCCGCCACCGCACCAGACUCCGAGUCCGGUGGCAGUCACUCGCCCAGCCCGCGGGCCACUAGAAAACGACAGCGGGUGCGAAAUCAUUCCUUGACAUCUCUAUGUUUACUUUCACAUCACCCUUUCUUUUCGACGUUCCGAGAGUGCCUAUUUAUCCUAAAGAAAUUAAUAGAUGCCUGCAAUGAGUCUUCCAGUCCACGACGCGUCGGAGCGUCCAGACAAAUAUUUAGGUAACUAAUAUUAGUUAACAAAACAAAAUAUACAACAAUCGAAACAUAUUAAGAAAUCUAUUAUCUUACGCAGGGAUACGGUAUGGUCAGUAUUAACGGGUCAAGCAUAUGACAAUACACCUACCAUCGUAUUACACGAUGUAAAGGAGAUAGAAACUUGGAUUCUCCGUCUCUUGUCAGCGCCAGUCCCCGUCCCGGGGAAAACUCGGAUAGAGCUGGAAGUACUAUCGCCAACUGCGCACGCGCCGCUACUGUUCGCGUUACCAGAUCAUACGCGGUUCGCCCUUGUCGAUUUCCCUCUACAUUUGCCUUUGGAGCUUCUAGGUAAAUAUACAAUUAAUUUUGUUUUAUCUUUUUAAGUAACUAACUGUUUAUACACAUAACAGUUUAUAUUUUUCUAAAACCGAUUUUUGAAGACCAACAUCCCAUGAGCUCAGCCAUGCCUGUUAAAUUUUGCCUAUAAUAACAUUCCAUAUAAUAAUAAUUUAAUAAAUAUUUUUUUAUCAUCAACAGGCGUAGACACAUGCCUGAAAGUACUGACUUUGAUACUCCUGGAAAAUAAAGUGGUGGUACAGUCGCGUGACUACAACGCAUUGUCGAUGUCAGUGAUGGCGUUAGUCGCAAUGUUGUACCCGCUCGAGUACAUGUUCCCCGCUAUACCGUUAUUGCCCAGUUGUAUGAGUUGUGCUGAGCAGCUACUACUCGCGCCCACACCAUUUCUUAUCGGGAUACCAGCUACUUUCCUGACGUACAAGAAAAACUUCAGAUUACCUGAUGAUAUAUGGCUCGUUGAUUUGGACGCUACAAAAUUAGUGUCCCCUUCUGGAAAUGACCAAGAACUGCCGCCAUUACCGGAACCAGAAGGUUCUGUUUUAAAAAAUCAUUUGAAACAGGCUCUGAGCAGCUUAACUAACACUUCUGCGGAUCAGGCGAACGCUUUUUUGAUGCCAUCUAGAAGAGAUAGCGUGGGCGGUGCUACACUCAAAGUGCAUCAGGCAUCGUUCCGGUCGGACGGCACCUGGUCGCACAGUACGCCGGAGAGCCGGCGUGUGUCUGUAGGCAGUACGUCGCCCACGCCGGCUAGUGCGGGCCACACGCCCCAACGACUAUCCCUCGCGUCACCGCAUCAUCAGCCGCAACCUUUCAAUCCGCUUAUAUACGGCAACGAUGUUGACUCUGUAGAUGUCGCCACGCGCGUUGCUAUGGUGCGGUUUUUUAACUCGCAAAAUAUAUUGGCAAAUUUUAUGGAACAUACUCGAACUUUGCGGCUCUACCCUAGGCCUGUGGUUGCGUUCCAAAUCAAUAGCUUUCUAAGAUCUCGGCCUAGGACAACUUUGUUUUUAAAUAAAUUUGCUCGUACUCAGGCAGUGGAAUUUCUCGCCGAGUGGUCACUGACUCCUUGCAAUGUUGCUUUUCUGAGAGUUCAAACUGGUGUUUUUGACCCACGACAAAUUGGAGACAAACCCAAAUGGUUUGCUGAUCAAUUGCAACCCAUCCGUUUUGCGGUUUGGGAUGAUGGUAGUUCAUUGAACGGAGCAUUGAGACAGCUGCAGCGACAAGAGAAUCAACCUACUGAUGAAAGUGGUUCCGACUCCGAUGCUGCGGAAAGUACAAGUUCCUCGUAUUCUUCAUUGAGUGAUUUCGUAUCUGAAAUGGUGUCCUCUGAUCUUUCGCCAGGUGGAAAUGCUCAUCAACAUGUUGUUGGAGAAACAUAUAGCGCAGUUGUACAAGUGCCAAUGACUUUAUCGUCGUCUUUAGACCCGAAAACGGUUUACACUCCUCCGUCGUCGCUUAUGUUCGGUGAAGUCGAAGAAGUAGCGGAGGGAGAGAGAGGGCGCGCUUCCACCUCUCCCUCACCAUCGGGUUCUAGUUCGGAACACAGCGACCUAUCUGACGAUGACGCACAAGUCAACAGAGAUGCUCAUCAUAAUGUAGAUGCUACACAUCCUCCGCCAGUGAAGAAAAGCAGUACGAGUAGUGGAGUCUCAAGGCAAGCCUCGCAGUCUUCACUUUUGGAACAAUUUGCUGCCCAAGCCAAAGAACUUGUACGUGAAACUACACGUCAAAGUAGCCAAGAGGGUCUACUUGCGCACAUGGACAAGAAAGGAAAAGUGACAGAUGGGGAAGAAAAGAAAAUGUUUGCUCCCUUUGGUAAACAAGCUAAGCCCGCGGAGUCUAGUCGGUCAACGCCGGCUUCUAGUCAACCGCCGACCGCGCUGGCGGCUAGUUUCGGUCCAUUCUCGCAGGGCGCGCGCGGACUAGUGGCCCGUUCGCCGCUUAUAAGGCACGCGCCACCCACGCCGCCAGUCGCCCCGCCCCACGCACGGUCCACCGCUAACUCGGAGAACCAGGCCUUUCUCAAUGACCUCGUGCAACACGUCUUGGAAGGCGAAGGCGUCGGCUGGCUGAAGCUUAACCGACUGAAGAAAUUGAUGGAGGAUGAAUCAUAUAGAAAUAUGGUGUUGAGUAAACUCAACAGAAACUUCAACAGGAAAGCUUCUCCAAAUGAUAAAGUUGACGAUGUGGUAAGACAGAUUUAUUUUGUUUUAGUUCAUUUCCCUCAACAAGAAAAAGCAUAAAGCUUGAAUCGACUUCUUAUUGAACUAAGUGUAAUAUUUCUGUAUUAGAAAUCUUAGUUCUCUUUACGGUGGUAGGAGGCGUUAUACGAAGUUAUUUGCUUUGGGGGUGGUUCCAAUAUUUGAUAUCUAUGAUUUAUAUUUGCAUUUUACAGUUUACGUGUAUAACGUAGUAUUUAGUAUUUUUUCUCUCUCUCUCUUUCUCUCUCACUCUCUCUUUCUCUCUCUCUCUCUCUCUCUCUCUCUCUCUCUCUCUCUCUCUCUCUCUCUCUUUCUCUCUCUCUCUUUCUCUCUCUCUCUCUCUCUCUCUUUCUCUCUCCCUGAGUUGUCCGCUAAGAGCACUAAUUAAAUGUUACGUAUUUUUUAUAUUUUUUAACAACUACAACAGUAAUAGCAUUAUUUCUUAUAAAACAACAGUAAAAAAUUCUACUAAUUUAAUGAAUGUUACAUUGUAUUCUUACAGUUCGUGAGUAAACCCGUUUGGAAAGGUAUGUUGAAAGUUCUCCAAGCUGUCGUCCACGGUCUCGAGCAUACUUACUCUAAUUUUGGACUGGGUGGAAUGGCGUCAGUAUUUCAACUGGCUGAGAUGGCUCACACACACUACUGGAGCAAAGAGAUCGCGGGACUCGAACACGGUGGAAUGGGCGGUUCCACACUUGACCAUAGACACGAUUUGGAUACACCUUCAUCGUCGCCCUCGUCAAGAAAAAGUUCGCAGACGGGUAAGAACAAAAAUAAUAUACAAACUGAAAUAGUUUUAUAUCACUUUAUUUAUUUUUAAUAAUACAUAAGAUACAAACUCAUUUUUUAAUAUCAAAGUACAGGAAGAUUAUUACUGAUAAUUUUAUGAAAGUCUAAAAGACCGAACAUUGGGCAGGAAAUAAUGUCCUACGCGAUAUUCUCAUCAUUUAAUUGGACAUACUGUAAAAAUCGUGAUAGAUGGAUGGAUGACUUUAUUGAUUUCUAUAAUAUUUUUAACUUCCAAUUACAUUUGUUUUUAGAUGUCCCAAUUGUGAAUUAUCCGGAAAUGGAUCCUGCUGACUCACAAAGUACAACAGAAAUGUUCAAAGACAUGUUGAAUCAAAAGAGAAAUCUUCUCUUCAGCAAGUUAACUUCAUUCGAAUCGGACGCGGCGCCCUCUUCCGACUGCUCGGCCGACGAGAGCGGCUCGAUCACCACCAACCGAGCGAAUUUCGACCAUCGCGCCUCCUUUAAGUCCAACCUCUCUGACACUGAUGUCAUGUUUCUCAAUGUAAGUCCUAGUGCGUGUUGUGCC